UCGAAGUGUUGGACUACAUCGAAAUGGCUCAUAAUGCACUGAAGGCACGCCGUCGCAGCGACUACAAAUUCCAGCUCGAGUACCGAACACGGUGGAGCGACAACGACAUGUACCAUCACCUCAACAACAGCGUGUACUACUACCUCUUUGACUCGGUCGUGAACACAUACCUGAUCAAGCACUGCUCUUUGCAUCCGCCUACUUCCUCUCAAAUCGGUCUUGUCGUGCACUCACACUGCGACUAUUUUGCACCCACUGAAUUCCCAGCCGUCAUAGACCUCGCGCUACGAGUCAACAAGCUGGGCAAGAGCUCUGUGACGUACGAGAUAGGCGUCUUUGAGCGCGGGCAAGAGGCAGUGAAGGCUGUUGGAGAGUUCAUCCAUGUCUUCGUUGACCGCGAGAGCAGAAAGCCGGGCAAGGCCGGCAUGGCUGAUGAGCUGAAAGAUGGCUUGCAGAAGGUUCAGACGGACAAUGCCAAGCUUUAGUAACUGAAAAAUAACUGCGACUCGUCGAUGUUUUCUGUGGUGCUCCACUUGGAUGCAGAAUUGUCC